UAUUAUACUACUUGUAUUUAUUGUGACUGGCAUGUUCUUUCUCCUUGAAGAAGGUCUGUUCCUGGGUGGUGGUGAGGUAAAGGUCCCUUUGCUCCCUCAGGAGCUCAUCCCUGCCUCUGAGUUUUCUCAAGUUACAGAUCAAGAAUGGCUUAUUCUAGUUCAACACAGGACUUUGUCGCACUUUCAGAUCUGCAUCCAAGUCUUGCUCGUCCUAAUGUAAUCGGUGUGGUUAUUGGGAAAACAGAUGUCAGAGGCUUUCCAGACAGAAAAAACAUUGGGUCUGAAAGAUACACCUUCAGUUUUACUAUUCGUGAUUCACCAACUUACUUCAUAAAUGUAAAUUCUUGGGGCAGAGAAGAGUACAUUAGAUCCCUUUCGGAAAGCUUCAGAGUUGGUGACUGUGUUACAAUUGAAAAUCCUUUAAUUCAGUCAAAGGAAGCAGAAAGGGAAGAAAAAUUCAACCCUGUAACUCCUAGUUGCUACAAACUAAUCCUCAGUGAAAACCAUUCCGUCGUCCGAACGUUUUCCUGUUAUGAAAUGGACACCAAGCUGCUUUCUCUGCUGCAUCUGCCUGUCAAGGAGCCUCAGGAUUAUUAUUCACUGGGUGAUAUCAUUGCAAAUGGACAAAGCCUUGAUGGAAGGAUCCUUAAUCUGCUUGCAGCUGUCAUGUCAGUUGGGGAGCCAAAGUAUUUCAUGACUUCAGACAAAAGGAAAGGUCAGAGGUGUGAAGUAAAGCUGUAUGAUGAAACAGAGAUGUCUUUUCCAAUAGUCUGUUGGGAUAAUGAAUCCAUCCAGCUUGCACAGAGUUGGAUCCCACAAGAAACAGUGAUAUUUGCAUCAGAUGUGAGGAUAAAUUUUGACAAAUUUAGGAACUGUAUGAGUGCAACUGUGAUAUCAAAAACCAUCAUUACAACUAAUCCAGAAACAGCAGAAGCAAAUGUUCUCUUCAGCUUCAUAAAAGACAGCGCACAAUCGGGAGGCUUGUAUGACAAAGUGAUGCAGCAGUCAAAAGACUCUGUUAACUUGGAGACUAUAGUUGAUGUUUAUACUGUGGAACAGCUGAAGGAAAAAGCUUUACAGAGUGAUGUGAAACUUGAACCCGUCUAUGGAGUUAUUUAUGGCUACAUUUCUACGCUGAACAUUGAUGAUGAUGCAUCUAAAGUUGUGCGCAACAGAUGUUCAACGUGUCGUUUCAUAGUGAAUGAAAUGUCAAACACAUGUACUUUCUGCAGUGAUAUCUCUUCAGACUUAAAGUCAGUUUUUGCAAGCUUUGAGAUACUCGUUGAUGUGACAGAUCACACAGGCACUCUUUAUUCUUGCUCCCUGUCUGACUGUGUAGCUGAGGAAGCAUUAGGAUGCACAGUCCAGGAAUUCCUCACUCUAGCAGAGGGCAAGAAGACUGCAUUGAAAUGGAAACUUCUUUUGGAACGAAGCAAGAUUUAUUUUAAAGUUACUGUGUCACCCAGCUGGAGAACUGGAAUGAAAAUAAAUGUUCUUUCAUGCAAACUGGCAGACCCUAUAGAGGCAAGUCAAACCUUGCUCAGGAAAGAGAUUGGAAAUAAGAGAUUAUGCCAUUAAUAACAGCGAGGAAAAGACUUCCAUCACUGUAUUAUUAGAGGUAGAAUGCUGCUGUCAUAUUUUCUAAGUAGGAGGAACACACAUUACUUAUACCUGUAAGUGGGCUUCUGUGUUCAUCCUUUUCAGGUGAUUGUACUUUAAGAAGUGUACUAGGGCCAGCUAGAGCAAAGUUAGUUCUGCUGAAUUCAACCCCUUGCAAGGAGGGUGGAAGCUUCCUCUACUGUUAGAGUAUCUCUGAAAGAAUCAGAAACAACAAAUAGUAGGAGACAGGUCUGUUGGAGUGCUGUGUUUUAAACUGCCUUGCUACUUACAUGUUACUUCUGUGUUAGUUCAGCAAAUAAAGACCCACUUUCAAAUAC